AUGCCAUUUGGGGAAUACCAUGAGGAUGCUAGGAACCUUAGGACACCUUUCGUCAACACCAACACUGCAAGUGGAAAUCUCUUUGUUGUGCUCUGCGUUCUCGUCGUUGCAUUGGGUCCUAUCCAAUUCGGUUUCACGUGUGGUUAUUCUUCUCCAACACAAGUUGAUAUGAUUCGAGAUCUUAAUCUCUCAAUAUCAAGGUUUUCAAUGUUCGGAUCUUUAUCUAACGUUGGAGCAAUGGUGGGAGCAACCGUCAGCGGCCAAAUAGCGGAAUACUUCGGACGUAAAGAGUCACUAAUAUUCGCAGCAGUUCCAAAUAUAUUUGGAUGGCUCGCCAUUUCUAUAGCGAAAGAUUCGUCGCUUCUAUUUCUGGGAAGAUUAAUGGAAGGUUUUGGCGUGGGAAUAAUCUCUUAUGUGGUACCUAUUUAUAUAGCAGAGAUAGCACCUAGAACCAUGAGAGGUACUCUUGGAUCUGUAAACCAGCUCUCAGUUACUAUUGGGAUAAUGCUGGCUUAUUUGUUGGGCCUUUUUGUCAAUUGGAGAAUUCUAGCAAUAUUAGGAGUUAUUCCCUGUGGAAUCCUAAUACCCGGGUUAUAUUUCAUUCCAGAAUCUCCUAGAUGGUUGGCCGAAAUGGGCAUGAUAGAAAAAUUUGAAGCCUCCUUAAAAACUUUACGAGGACCCAACGUUGAUAUUACUAUGGAAGCACAAGAAAUCCAGGGUUCUCUGGUGUCGAAUAACAGAACAGAUACUUUAGAGUUUGGAGAUCUCAAGAAGAAAAGAUAUCGAUUUCCUUUAAUGGUAGGUAUUGGACUACUUGUGCUCCAGCAACUUUCUGGUAUCAACGGUGUUUUUUUCUAUUCUAGUAACAUAUUUGCAAGUGCAGGAAUAUCAUCGAGUGAUGUUGCUACAUUUGGACUUGGAGCUAUGCAGGUCGCAAUGACUGGGAUUGCGACAUCGUUGGUAGACAGAAGUGGGAGAAGGAUGCUCCUAAUAUUAUCCUCGUCUAUAAUGACACUUAGCCUCCUCGUUGUAGCUACCGCAUUCUAUUUGGAGAGAGUGGUGUCAAAUGAUUCUGACCUUCAUCAAUUAAUAGCAAUGCUCUCAGUAAUGGGGCUUGUGGCUUUGGUCAUUGGAUUUUCUCUAGGCGUUGGACCAAUUCCUUGGAUUAUAAUGUCUGAGAUACUUCCACCAAAUAUUAAAGGCCUUGCUGGAAGCACAGCUACGUUUUUGAACUGGUUUACUGCAUCAGUAAUCACCAUGACUGCAAAUUUGCUCUUGAAUUGGAGCACUUCAGGAACAUUCACAAUUUACGCCAUUUUUUCUGCCAUCACCGUUGUUUUUUCGAUACUUUUGGUUCCGGAGACCAAGGACAGAACAUUGGAAGAAAUUCAGGCAUCGUUUAUUAGAUAGAUUUAUCUGGAUCCAUGAUUAUUAAGCGACCAUGAAUUGCAGUUGAAGAGGGGGCAGACCUCAUGCAACCGGAACCGCCAUUCACGACGAUGGUGAGAGGGCGAGGAUAUAAAGCAACUACUUUUUGGAUUUCUAUCUACAUCAAAAUUUAUUUAUUGUCAAUCACCACGUAAUUUUUAAGUUUUAG